AUGCACGUAGCAUAUGGGGCUCAGGAGAAUAGGCCAGUUCUAUUCAUAUUUGGAGAUUCAACCGCAGAUGUUGGCACCAACAAUUUUCUGAAUACUCGAGCAAAGGCCAACGUGCCUUAUUAUGGGAUUGAUUUUCCAAACUCGAUGGCCACUGGAAGGUUCAGCAAUGGCUUCAACACUAUUGACCAUAUUGCUAAACUACUCGGAUAUGCGGAGAGUCCACCACCUUACUUGGCUCUGCGAAAUGAUCCGUACAGUUUCGAAAAGAAUGUACUAGGAGGAGUGAAUUUUGCAUCAGGAGGGUCUGGAAUUCUCAGAGACACUGGAAAAAAACGAUGGGGUGAGGUGAUAUUCCUUGAGAAGCAAGUGGAACAAUUUGCAGAGGUGCGAAGAAUUAUGGCGGAGACAUUGGGGGGGAGAGAGACAGAAACAUUCCUUUCAAAGGCAUUGUUCAUAAUCAGCGCUGGAAGCAACGUCUCAAGCAACCACACUGCCGUCAGAUUAGGACAGGAACAUUACUUGUCUGCUCUUCAAUCCAACUACUACGCUUACAUCAGGAGUCUACACGCAUCAGGGGCAAGAAAAUUCGGGAUAAUAAGUGUAGCGGCCAUUGGGUGCUGUCCUGCAGCAAGAGCAAGGAGGCAUGGAGGAGAAUGUGUGGAACCACUCAACCAAAUGGCUACAGCCUUCUACUCGGCUUCUGAGGCUGUGUUGCAGAGGCUCAGUUCUGAGUUCACUGACUUUAAGUACUCCCUCGGCGACUCCUUCGCCAUGGCUUCUUCCGUCUUGCAACAACCCUCCCGCUUGGGGAUGAAGGAGACAGAGAGAGCAUGUUGUGGGAAAGGAAAGCUGAAUGGAGAGGGUCCAUGCUUUAAGGCCGAGGAUGCGGUGCUCUGUGGAAAGAGAGACGAUUUCUUGUUCUGGGAUUGGUUCCAUCCAACCGAUAAAGCUUCGCUAUCCGCAGCUUUCGCACUUUAUGGUGGCGGUCCUGAAUUCGCCACUCCCAUCAACUUCAGUCAGCUUGCUCUCAUGUAAUCACUACCACAACACCUUUGAAUGUAUAGCUACUGGAAUCAUCAUAAUGUAUAGCUACUUCCGUUAUUCAGUCCCAUAUACCUUGCUUAUUACUUGUAAUGAACGCGUCAGCAAUCUUUUGUUUCUUUUUGUCCUUCUUCAU